GAAAUGGCGGCUGUUGUGAAGAAAAAUAAAGGAGGUUCGAAACCAGUCUGCAAAUAUGGAAGUAAAUGUUAUCGCAAGAAUCCACAACACUUACAAAAUUAUCAACACCCCGAGAAUGACGACGAGGAUAAUGAUGCAGAUAAAGAAUCUAAAAAGGUGAAGAAUCAAAAAGUCAAUCAGAAUAGUGCUGAUCAGAAGCCCAAAAGAACAUUAGAUGACUUUUUUGGGCAGCCAAAAAAUAAACAUGAUAUCUCAGAUUCAGAUGAUGAGACCAAAAGUCCUCCGAAGAAAAAAAUCAUGCAAGAUGAGGCUGCAUCAUGCUUAGCUGGUGAUACAUCAAACACUAAAGAAGGAGUGGAAUCAGAUGACAAAUCAAGCACUGAAGGCGUGGAAUCAAACAUUGAAGAUGAGAUGAGUUCUCCCCCUGCUUCCCCGCAAGAUGUAAAAGACAACAUCAAAAACAAAUUUCUGGUAGAAAUGCCAGAAGACUUCUAUCUUUUCUGGGAGUUUUGCAAGUCAUCGCAUCCUUCCAACCCUUCUGAUGCUCUCCUCUCUGACCUUAACCUUCGCUUGGUAGGACCUUUUGAUAUACUGUCAGAACGACACAAAGGAGUUACAAAAAAUAAGCAUAAGAGGCGACCCAAUUUUUUGCUGCAUUAUCGUUAUUUCUAUGAUCCACCAGAGUUUCAAUCAGUGAUCACAUCCCAGGAGCCAUCUUUGUUCCACCUCGGCUAUUACAGAGAUGAUCCAAAAGAUCCUCCUGUUUUUGUGGCCAGCAAUGCUCCAGGGGAGAGCAGCAAGGAAAAAAUCUCUCCUUGUGGUGAAAACAUUUUUGCUGCUGUGCAUAUUUACGCGUCAAAGUUGGUCAAGGGCAAAUCGGGAAAGAAGAAAAGUUCCCUUGAGAAGCUCAUCAAAGGUUUAGAGAAAGAGGCCUUAAAGCAUAGUCUGCCCCUUGCACCCACCACUAAAAAGUUGAAAGACAGACAGAAGAAGGUUGUGUGCCCUACCUUCCAUGGUGCUGGGAUCGUCGUGCCAGUUGAUGACAAUGAUGUUGGUUACAGGCCUGUCCCUGAGACACCAGCUGCCCUGCGAGCGAUGUUUAAGAGAAUAACAGAAGGUAAAACAGAGACAGAGCGUGAGAAAAGUUCAGAGGAACUGCAAGAACUGAUCACUUUCAUUCAGUUUGCCAACGAUGAAUGUGACUAUGGAGAGGGUUUAGAGCUGGGCUUGGAUUUGUUUAGUUUUGGCAGUAAAGAUUUUCACCCCCAGAUAGGACUUUUACUUCCUCUGGCGUACCAGUUGCUGAACAGAUCAGAGUUUGCCAAGAUUAUUGAGGCCCAUUUGAAGUGUAGAAAAACUUUAGCUGAAUGUGUGGACGAACUAGCCCAGUGAACUUUUUUGUUGGGGAAGUUUUAAAAACAGUUGCAAUAUUUGGCCUGGUAGACAAAUUUUUAUCUGGCUCA